UCAUGGCGGAAGUCGAAGCCACGAAGUCGCUCGCCGGUCUGCUUAAUGGAAUAGCUCAAAAAGAAUAUCAUAACAAGGAGGAGAUCAGCGAGGAGCUGCUGAAAAAUGAGCUGUACCCCGAGCUGCCAGCGGAGGAGUUCCACGCCUUGCAUGAGAAAAUGAAAGGACUUCUCAAGUCCAUUGCCUCAGCUGACAUGGACCAUGGGCAGCUCGAGGCAUUCCUCACAGCCCAGACCAAGAAGCAGGGCAGCAGGGGAGUGAGUGUCGAACAGGCUGCCGCCCUCUCCCGCUUCUGGAAGAGCCAGCGGGCCCGCGUCAGGGAGAGCCUACUGGGGCAGAGCCGCUGGGAGCCAGGCCUCAGAGGGCUGUCCUGGAGGGUGGACCUCCAGACCUCUGCUAGCCGGGGGGAGGCGGCCCACAGCAACCCAGUGGCCCUGGUAGAGCUGGAACUGGGCAGGUCUGGACAGGACUCAGAGUUUGUGUGUCUGGAGUUUGAUGAAGCCAAGGUUAACCAAGUGCUGAAGAAAAUGGCUGACAUCCAGGAGAGCAUCGACACCAUCGUUAACCGCGGUUAAGGCUGCAUAAGCGUGUAUAGGUGUGUUUUAAGUGCACACAGGACUACAUCAGGGCAACAGUGGCUGAGAUGAGACUGUCCCAUCUUCCUUUGUGUGAUGAUGACACUUCCUGUCCAGUCUGACCUAUUUCCUCUCAUUCUAUCGCUCCAGACAGAGGAACAGGAAGUGGUCAUAAACCCUUUAAAGACCAACAUUAGUGUGCCUUUGCUGGUUACAACAUGGCUUCUGUACAUCUCAUCAAACCAGAUAAGGCCAUAUUUUCAGAUGUCAUACAUGUGCAUUUAUGUUCAAUCUGUGGGUCAAUUUACCGUAUAUGUUUUGGGUAUAUUCACAUGUGUUAUAAACACUUGUAGAUCGAAUGUAGCUUUUCAGAGCUCUGUUAGCCCUUAACUACUCUAACUACAUGUUUUCUACAUUGUCAAUACUAAAAAAAAAAAAUCCGUCUGUAUUAUCUGUUUAAAUGCCAAGGAAUUUGUGCAAAGUACAUAAUGAGCCAUCUCACAGGUGUCAGUGCAAAUUCCCAAUUAAAUGUAAUUAAUUACUGUUAAUCUAGUAGUUGGUCAGCAGUUUUCAUGUAGCGAGUAUUGUGGUUCAGUUGUGGAUUGGCCUAAUUUUUCCUGUUCAUCUUAACCAUAUUAUUUGUCGCUUAAAGUGGCACUAG